ACUGGCAGGUCUACCGGAAUUUCCCCAAAAUGCUUCGGAAAUCCUCCCUGAUAGUUUCAAUUUCACUUGUCAUUUUUUUAUGACGUGACGCUCUCUCUUCGGGGGAAAAUAAUAAGGGAGUGGACUUUUACUUUCAAUAUCAUUCGCACUCUUUUGACUUUGGGCUCAGCCGUCUGCUUACAAGACCCAGGCUACCUAAAAUAAUGUUUUUCUCCGACAUAUUUUUGGUUGUUUCUUUGCUGACCUUUCUGCGGGACUUCCAUGUGUCCAGUUGUGAUCAAAACUGUACAGAUAAACCUGAGUUCACUCCAACCAGUCUGGUAGUGAAGUAUGGUGACCCAACCUCUGCCAUCUGCUCUGUAUGUCAGCAUGCUUGCCUCGGCGACGGCACCAUUUAUAAUGUGGAGAGCCCUGUUGGAAACUCAACAAAAAACGGAACCACAAUUUUAUGGACGGUUGACAGACUGACUGAAUGGCAAACAUCUCCCAUGUGCUAUUAUACCAGCAAUACUGGUUACCAGUGUUGUAGCACCCUGACUGUAACUGUGUACCAGCCUCCAGACAGUGUGUCCAUCAGCUUUGUAAAUCACACUGGGCCGAUGUCUGAGGGUCAUCAGUACACUCUGCAGUGUACAGUAAAGGACGUUGCUCCUGUUGAAAAGCUCGUUGUGAUGUUCUACAGAGGACAGACAUCGCUGGGUCAACCUCAGUCCAACAACAACAUAGAGAAGAAACCAGUGAAUGAGAGCUUCUCUUUAAACAUCACACCCAGUAAAGAUGAUGAUGGAGUCCAGUUCUGGUGUGAAGCAAAGCUAGAACUGGGACCUGAUGGACCACAGCGCCCUCCAGUGGUGACGUCAGAAAACAUCACUGCCACUGUGUACUAUAAGCCUCAACUAAAUUCAUCACAUUUAAAUAUCACCGUCGCAGAAGGAAACUCUCUACAACUGAACUGCUCGACUGUGGGAAACCCCAGCCCCAUGUACACGUGGACAUCACCUAUCCGUUAUUACCCCAGUGGCAGCGUUCUCACUAUCGACUCUGUAACGUCUGAGGAUAAAGGGCAGUACACCUGUUCUGUCAGCAACCGCAUGGGGACUGUCACUGUGACGUUUAAUGUGGAUGUCAAAGUAAGCUACUUGGGACUCAUUAUAGGUGUGAUUGCAGCAGUUGCUGUUCUGGUUGUCAUCUGUGUAAUAAGUGGAUACUCAUUUUUCUACAAAUCCAAUCGGAUGGGACAAUACAACCUGAAGGACGUUUUCCGCUUGCACACAAAACACUCUGCCGUGCCCUCUGUAGAGUAAGCCUGCGGUACGGCGUGAAAUAUGUAUGGGCUGGUUGCAUCUAGCUCUCCCUCAUUUCCUGUCAUGUCUGUACUGACGCUAUCUAAUGACAUAAAAUGCCACAAAUCAUAAAAAAGGAGUUUAAGUCAAGUUUCAACUUGUGUAACCUAAACUGAAUGGAACAAGUGACUAGCUCUCUGUCAUGUAAAGCACAGUGUUACACUUAUUACGCUGCUUCUCCAUGUUUAUUUCUCACUCUGGGGACAGAAAGCAUGACCCAAUGACUGAAAAUGUCUGGGUGGGUCAUAAUGAGGCAGAAUAUGUAAAAACAAAACAAAAAACAGUUUGCUAAGGGAAAUGGGAAACUAGAUUCAUGUCAACAAGUCAAUAUUAUGUGGUGCUUAUUUGGCCAAUUUUGGCUGAAACAUCCAGUGUGGCUGUUUUACUGUUUCUCUCUGUUGUAUUUCAGUUGUGUUACUGCAAAGAACUUCACACCUUCAUUUAGAGAUGUGUUGUAUAUAUAAAGCUUAAGAGUAGUAUGUGAAAUUGCUCACAUUGAACUUCACAGUUGUGUGUAACCCACUAAAAGUGUGUGCCUGACUUCAUUUCAACCCACAGACAGAGCAACAGUUUCCUGUUUCCAGUUUCCGUGUGAAUGUGCAUGUAUUUGUUUUGUACAUUGUGUGUAUGUAUGUGUGUGUGUGUGUGUGCUGCAUUGAUGUUAGUGAAAAAGAGGAAUGUAUACAAGCAACUGUAUAAUAAUGAACUGCUCACUGGAACUUUAAUAAGGAAAUGUGAGAUUUUAUCACGUUUAUUAUUUUGUUUUUUAAAUAAAUGACACUUUGUUCAUGCUCAAUGGGAUACACACGUUACUUACUAUUUAACGUACUUGCAAAUACAUGGAACAAGGUACUGUCAAUUAACAGUAAUUUAAUGGAGACAGUGUCUAAACACCACAAUAUCAAUGCAUGUUAAAAAAAACGACAUUAUCGGCUUUUUAUUUCAUAAUUGUGUUAAAUUAAAGCAUUUAAGUCACA